GCAUCUCAUAAGGAUCUGGAACCGUGCAUGAACACCUGCCCUGAGCUUCCCCCUCUCAGUUCACGCACUCAACAGGUGCUAGAAGCACAUAUUAGAAAGUUGCAAGUGAGGCACAGGUGGGGCCUGCCUCUCAGGAUCCUCAAGCCCAUCAAAGCCUUUAACUUGACAAGGGCUCCACACUCGACCCUCGUACAGUCCCUUGGCACCUGCUCAGCCAUCUGGCACAGCAAGAGAUUGUCACCUCCUAUGAAGCUGGUUGCCCCAGUUCCAGGAGAGCCAUGCCUCGAUGCACAGCUCAAGAGUGUCCAACGAGUGUCCAUGUUGGCUUCCCAGGUGCUGCAUGAUCUCAAAACAAGUGGAGGGAACUGCCAGCAGGAGUCCCUCGGAUUGCAGGACCAAUGUAAGAGCCAGAGCCAGAGCCAGAGCCAGAACAUUGUCCCCACUGAUGAGAAGUGCUUUCUGCAAUGGAUCCUCCCCAGGAAAGGCAAAGGACAGAAAAAUCCCCCACAAAAAGGCACACCUGCACCAGCCCUUGACCGUAGCUGGGAACCAGGCAAAAGCAGAUCACUUAUGGACAACAGAGCUGCUGAGGCUCAGGUGCUUAUGACAGCUGUGAGACAGAGUCUCGAGGAAAAACUAGCAUUCCAUCGUGGACUCCGAGCCUCAUGGUCCCAUUGGCGCAGAGGAGAACUCCAGGCUCCAGUAGGCCCACACCUCUGCCACCAGAGGGUCCUCUGCUACGAAGAGCAGAGAAGAAUGGUGAGAGAGACUGGCUGA